GGCGAUGCGCCGGGAGGCGGGGAAGCAGGACGCGCCCGCCGGGGCCGCCCCGCCGCUGAUGUCAGCGCGGCUGCCCCGCCCGCCGCCGCAGUGACAGCUCCGCCCGGGCCCAGUCGGGCCCAGCCCAGCGGAGCCGCGCAGCCGGAGCGGGAGCGGGAGCGGGGCGGGCGGGCCAGCCAUGGCCGACGACUUCGGCUUCUUUUCCUCGUCCGAGGGGGCCGGCGCCGAGGAGGACCCAGCCGCCGCCUUCUUGGCGCAGCAGGAGAGCGAGAUCGCGGGCAUCGAGAACGACGAGGGCUUCGGGCCGACCGACGGCGAAUCGGCCGCCGCCCCAGGCGGGCAGGCGGCCCCGCCGGAACCGGCUGGUUUCCAGAAUGGAGGGGCCACUGUCAAUGGAGAUGUCUUUCAGGAGUCCAACGGCCCCACGGAUGCCUAUGCAGCCAUAGCCAAGGCUGACCGGCUGACCCAGGAACCUGAGAGCAUCCGCAAGUGGAGGGAGGAGCAGAAGAAGCGCCUGGAGGAGCUGGAUGCAGCAUCAAAGGUGACUGAGCAGGAAUGGCGUGAGAAGGCCAAGAAGGACCUGGAGGAGUGGAACCUGCGUCAGAAUGAGCAGAUGGAGAAGAACCGGGCAAACAACAGGAUCGCUGACAAAGCCUUUUACCAGCAGCCGGACGCCGAUGUGAUUGGCUAUGUGGCCUCAGAGGAAGCAUUCCUGAAGGAGUCCAAGGAGGAAACCCCGGGCUCUGAGUGGGAGAAGGUGGCCCAGCUCUGUGAUUUCAACCCCAAGAGCAGCAAGCAGAGCAAGGAUGUCUCGCGGAUGCGCUCGGUGCUCAUCUCCCUCAAACAGACGCCCCUGUCCCGCUAGCUGCCACCUGGCACAGCUGGGAACGCAGCAGGGCAAGGCCAGGCUCACCGAGCUGGGUGGCUUUGUGGGGCCAGCCCAUGAGGGGCCUCACCCUGCCUGCCCCUGCUCCCUGGUGUGUGCCUCGGCUGUUACUGGUUGUAACUCUCCCCGUGGUUUUCCUUUGCUUAAAAGGUGCAUCGGUUUCUUUUUACACUUAUUUAUUACUGUGGCAUUUCCCCGGGAAGCGACACUGGGUGGUAAAGCUGAGUUAGCAGGGGAGCCCUGGGCUCUGCGGGAGGUUGUGCCCAGGGGCCUGGCUCAGUGAGAGGGGGAACACCCCACCUGCUGUUCCCCACCUCACCCCUGUACUGGGAAUAAACUUGCCUGCGGCUGUCCUGGUGCUGGGCAGCCACAGGUAUGGCAGCCCUGUCUCUGGGCCUGGGUCCUAGCCCCAAGGCAGCAAUCCUGGCAGGACCCUGGGCUCCCAUCUGCCUUUCUGGUGGGGUUCAGAGCUGGCUGCGGGGCUGGGAGCAUGGAGGAACAGCCCUGAGCUCUGCACCGCAAGGUCCUGCAGGGAGCAUGGCUGCCGUGCAACGCUGCUGGGCUAGUGGGGCCUGAGGAAUGUGAGUGCAGGCUGGGCCAGGACUGCCAGUGGUUGCCCCAAGCCCAGCAGAACUCUCCCCAGCCUGGCUAUGCACCCCAAAAAACCAGCAGGGCUCCAAGCAGCAGUUGUUGUGUCCGUGUCCCAUCUGUCCUGUGGGACUGCUGGUGCCAGGCAGCAUGGUGGUGUGGGGCACUGGGAAGGGGCCAUGGGGUGAGUGUGCAGAAUGUUUUCUGUCCCUCUGCAUGGCCACCAGCAGUUGGGAAUGUGGGGUGCGAGGCUUCAGGGGCCCUUGGCUCUGCUCUGCUCCUUCCCCCUGCUACGAGGAUGGGAGACAGGGUGUGUGGUUGCAGGAAAGCAGGUAGGGAGGUCCAGCUGCUGUGGGGCAGGUUGAGCCUCCCCCAGCUCCCUAACCCAGGGGCCUAGAGCAGGAUUGGGCAGUUCUGGUGCUGGGGCUUGUGCUGUCCCUGGACAACAAGCCGCACAUCUGUCUGCAGCUGCUUUGUGGCUUCUCUUUGGCCCACGCUGGAUUUGCACACCUAAGGCAGCGUGGCGAGAUGCCUCAGUCCCACUCCCCAUGCCGCAAGGCACACGCUUUCCAGCCCCAACACCAGCUUUUUCUCCUCUGCUUGGUGAGGCCGGCACCAGCCCCUCCAGCUCUAAGUCCAGCCCUUGAAACCCACAAACCUCCCAGCUAGCAGGAGAGGGGCAGGCCUGAGUGCACCCUGCUGCAGGCAGUCUGGAGGUUGUGCCCUGGGUCUGGCCCGCUGAGGGCUUGGGAAAGGCUUCCAGCAGCGGGCUGGGGGGACAUGGAGCAAAGCCCACAAAACAUUUGGUUGAACCUCACUGCAGAGCCCUGCUCAGCUGAUACAGCAAGUCUGCAGAGCUCUCCUGGCCUGCAGUUAUGGCUCCGUGAGUCAGGAAGGUCACCUGCCCUGCUGCUGCAGCAGCCCUCAGGGGGCGACUGGGCACCCCUGGCUCUGGGGCACAGGCUCAGCAGUGGGCUGGAAAGGGAAAUGGGUGCGUAGGGAGUCACUCGGUGGUGUGUACUGGGCUUGUGCCCCCUUGUCCGUAGGACUGAUUGCUCCUCUGUCCCCCUGCACUCCAGCAUGCGUAGGCAGCUCCACUGCGGUGUGGGAUGGACACUGAUGCAGAUACCUCGGGACUCGGCUGCCUGCCUCCGCCUUUCACUGCGGAGCAGCGGGAAGUGCCUCUGGCUGCUUCCCCCGGGGUAGGGAGCCCCCCGCUGCGCUCUGUCCCUCCAGUUCCCGCAGGCAGCUGGGCCCCUGGGUCCCCCAGCUGCUGUGCACCCCGUGUCAGGCAGAGGCAGCCAGCUCCCGGGGAGCCAUGCCCACAGCUGUCCUAUACCCCCUCAGCUUUGGUAUCUGUGACUGUUCAAAUUACCUGUUAAAAUAAACCGACAUCUCCAAUCGUA